AUGGCCACCCUCUUGAGGCGGCCAGGCAACCUUGCUCGAUUCUCGAGGAGAGCCACAGACUCCAUCGGUCGUAUUGGACCGUCCUCCGUGCGACUCCCUCAAUCGAAGCUUUCGUCCCUAAUUACAUCGCACCGUGUCCGGAGCUUCGCCACACAGGGUCCUGGAGGCCCGACUCCCCCGGACGACAAAUCCCGGAAUCCCCAGUCCACCGGGAACGGCCCGGAGAACGAUGGCCGCAAAGAAGAGGAUCCGAACAAGUCCGAAUCGAAGUUGACCGAGACGGAACAGAAACAACUCGAUGAGUUCAUCAAGCACAUUGAGUCGCGGAUCCCUGAGUCGCAGCAUGAGUCAACCCAACAAGUCCGGAAGCACUUCAUGAAAAACGGCCUGCCCUCUGAAUUGAAGGAAUUCAUGACAAACUAUAAGGAUGCCUCAUUAAUGGAUUACCUCCGAAUGGUGCGGUGGUUGUUCAAGUACGCCAAUGAGCAUGCCGACAAGCUGGCACGGGAAGAAGUAGCUCGCGACAUGAAGAUCCCCCCGGAGGAACUUCAAAAGAUGAAGGGGCAACAGCAGCCGGAGAAGGAGGGCGAAAAGGAUGCCAAGGAUAACAAGCCGGAAGAGCAGAAGAGUAAGGAAGAGCAGGAGAAGGAGAAGGGGCAGGGAAAGAAGCAAAAGAAAGACCAGUUCCCUCCCGGUAGCAAGGUCUUCGAGUUCCGUUUUGAUCCCGCCUCUUUCUUCAUCACUUCAGUUGUCACAUAUUACGUCUACCGCAGCUUUUUCCCUGGAGAUUCUGGUGCUCAGGAGAUCACCUGGCAGGAAUUCCGCGCCAACUACCUUGAAAAGGGUCUUGUGGAGAAAUUGACUGUUCUGAACCGCAGCCGCGUUCGGGUUGAUCUCAACCGUGAGGCUUCAGCUCAAGCAUACCCCGAAUCCAAUGGCCAACCUGUGUCGCAUGUGCUGUUCAGCAUUGGAUCUGUGGAAAGCUUCGAAAUGAAGCUGGAGCAGGCUCAAUAUGAACUUGGUAUUCCCUCUGGGGAGCGGAUUCCCGUUGCCUAUGUUGAUGAAGUCCCCUGGGGCAGUGCUCUGAUGUCUUUCGCUCCUACUCUACUCCUGAUUGCUGGUAUCUUCUGGUUCUCGCGCCGUGCCGGUGGUGGCGCCGGCGGCCAAAGCGGAAUCUUCGGCAUUGGCAAGAGCCGUGCUAAGAAGUUCAACCACGAGACUGAUGUCAAGAUCAAAUUCGCUGAUGUCGCCGGUAUGGACGAGGCCAAGGUCGAGAUCAUGGAAUUUGUGAGCUUCCUGCAACAGCCGGAGCGAUUCCAGAGGCUCGGUGCUAAGAUCCCCCGCGGUGCUAUCCUCUCUGGUCCUCCUGGUACUGGUAAGACUUUACUCGCCAAGGCUACCGCCGGUGAGUCUGGCGUGCCUUUCUACAGUGUCAGUGGUUCCGAAUUCGUCGAAAUGUUCGUCGGUGUUGGUCCCUCUCGUGUCCGUGAUCUGUUCGCAAACGCCCGAAAGAACACUCCUUGUAUUAUCUUCAUUGAUGAGAUCGAUGCCAUUGGAAAGUCUCGAGCCAAGCAAAACUUCGGCGGCGGUAACGAUGAGCGUGAAAGCACUCUCAACCAAAUUUUGACUGAGAUGGAUGGUUUCAAUACCUCUGAGCAAGUCGUCGUCCUCGCCGGUACCAACCGACCCGAUGUUCUCGACAAGGCUCUCAUGCGUCCUGGCCGUUUCGACCGACACAUUGGUAUCGAUCGUCCCACCAUGGAUGGCCGUAAGCAGAUCUUCCGCGUUCACUUGAAGAAGAUUGUCACCGAUGAGAACAUGGAAUACCUCGAGGGUAGACUUGCUGCUCUGACCCCUGGCUUUGCUGGUGCCGAUAUCGCCAACUGCGUGAACGAAGCUGCUCUUGUUGCUGCUCGCGAGAACGCUGACAAGGUCGUCAUGAAGCACUUUGAGCAGGCCAUUGAGCGUGUCAUUGGUGGUCUGGAGAAGAAGUCUCUGGUGUUGUCCCCCGAGGAGAAGCGAACCGUUGCCUACCACGAAGCCGGCCACGCUAUCUGUGGUUGGUACUUCCGGUGGGCCGAUCCGCUCCUCAAGGUCUCCAUUAUCCCCCGUGGCCAGGGUGCCUUGGGUUAUGCCCAGUACCUUCCUGCUGGGGGUGAUACCUACCUGAUGAACACCAACCAGCUCAUGGAUCGCAUGGCUAUGACCCUUGGUGGCCGUGUUAGUGAGGAGCUCCACUUCGAUACUGUGACAAGCGGUGCCAGUGACGACUUCAACAAGGUCACUCGCAUGGCUACUGCUAUGGUCACAAAGUUUGGUAUGUCCAAGAAGCUUGGAUUCAUUCACUACGAGGAGGACGGACAACAAAUCCAGAAGCCCUUCUCCGAAGACACUGCCCGCAGCAUUGACAUUGAGGUCCGCCGCAUCAUCGAUGAGGCUUAUCAACAAUGUAACACUCUUCUGACUGAAAAGAAGAAGGAGGUCGGCAUCGUUGCCGAGGAACUCCUGUCCAAGGAGGUCCUUGGCCGUGAUGAUCUGAUCCGCCUUCUUGGCCCGCGCCCCUACCCCGAGUCUGGAGAGUUUGCCAAGUACUUCGAUGGUAAGGGUGGUGCGACCAUUGCUCCCCCUGAGCCAACUCAGAACCCAGAGGCCUCAGGUAAGGAUCAGACUCCUUUGCCAUGA